AUGAACCCCUUUAUCCAUUCUCUGGCCAAGAUACCCAAAAUUAUGUUGGAUGAUACAGAGGACAAUCAAUUCCACAGUCUCGAGACCAUCGAAGUCUCCGUCGGAGAAGACAUUGACAGGUCAUCUUUGUCCCUUGCAAGCAGUUUCGGCGGUGUUGAGCAGGGGAAUAUAUACGAGUCUUCGCAGGCUCCAAGUGGAGACGUGGUACCUGUUUCCCUGGACUCGUCUACAUCUUCUCUCACGGAGCAGUCCGAAGCAUCAUCGCUCUCUGUCCUGUCCAGCAAAGCUACCACGCCGCUGGACACUGACUCUAGCAAACUUCUACGUGCUGAUAAAGAAAGUCAACAAUCUUCUCCCAGGUCUUAUCAUCGUAUCCACAAACGACUCAACUGCACGGUCCGACCCAAAUCCUCGGUUCCCACCAAUGUUCCAGCACAUCAAUAUGCCGCCGAGUGCAUCGAUGCUUCAGAAUCCUCUCGACUGAAUCCAUACGCUUUGCAUCCUGAAGAAUACCACCUACUUCGGCAGCACAUUUCUCAUGCACAGGUUACAACAUAUCUCAAUAUUCGAAACAGUAUUCUGCGCAUAUGGAUCCAAAAACCUUGGGUCGGUGUAACAAGACAGCAGGCGCUAGGUUGCGCAAGCUCCAGGUGGUUCGAUGCCGCCAACGUAUGUUACGACUGGCUCGUGAGGAGAGGAUAUAUCAAUUUUGGGUGUGUACGACUUCCUGACGUGCUUGAGAAGCAGAGUCAUGAACAAAAGUGUGAGAAGCGUAGGAUCAUUGCCGUCAUCGGCGCGGGUGUAUCCGGAUUAUCCUGUGCAAGACAACUGGAAGGCCUUUUUAAGCAGUAUGCCAGCAGGUUCUUCGAGAUGGGCGAGAGUAUUCCAAAGGUGGUUGUCCUCGAAGGACGGGGCCGUAUUGGGGGUAGAGUAUAUUCUCGGGAAUUCAAAACCAUGUUCAGCAACCGGAAACCAGAGUUCAAAGACAAACGACACACCGCCGAGAUGGGUGGGAUGAUCAUAACCGGGUUUGCACGUGGCAACCCAGUCAAUGUUCUGGUUCGGGGCCAGCUGGGCUUACAGUAUCACGUCUUGACAGCAGACACUACGAUUUAUGACAGCAACGGCAAGCCUGUAGAUCCCAAGCGCGACGAGUUGGUGGAGAAGCUCUACAACGACUGCUUGGAUCGCGUGAGCGGGUACAAGUUCAAGUCGCAGCCGUCUAAACUGAUCGAAGGCAAUCGUGACCUUCUCGGCGAAGGCCGCGAUAGUCCAGGCGAUGGUGGCAAGACAAUACUACAAGCUGAAGAGGCCGCCGCUGGACUGCCACACGCGCCGUCGGUGCCGGAGCAGAGCGUUCCAGCCAGGAUCAACCUCGUGCCGGUGUCUGCGGACAAGUUGACUGGUCGAGUACAUACUAUGCCCGGCGUUGCAGCAUCGGAGAAAGUUGCGGAAAAGGCAAAGUUGAUGGGUUGGUCCCUGAACCCCCACGCGGAGCCGGACUUUGAUCUAAACCUCGACGAAGCUUCGUCUCGAAAUAAUUCGACUCUGGGUUCGGUCUUGGACCACGCGAUCAGUUGUUACAAGGGCCUGGUCGAUCUAAAUGCACAGGAUUUUCGUCUGCUGAAUUGGCACAUUGCCAAUCUGGAAUAUAGCAAUGCCGCGAGUCUGCAUAACCUCAGUCUAUCCUUGUGGGACAUGGAUGCCGGUAACGAGUGGGAGGGGAGCCAUACUAUGGUUGUUGGUGGUUAUCAAAGCAUCGCUCGUGGGCUGCUUUAUUGCCCGACGCCACUUGACCUGACUUCAAAGUUUGUCGUUGGGAGGAUCAGAUACGACGACGCACAGUUUGAUGGCCGCGCAACAAUCGAGUCUGAGGACGGUAUGACUGUAGAAGCAGACACCGUGGUUUGCACCAUCCCUCUGGGUGUCUUGAAGCAUGGCAAUGUCACGUUCGAACCGCCACUGCCGGCGUGGAAGGUUGGAGCGAUUGAACGCUUGGGCUUUGGUAUUCUGAACAAGGUCGUUUUGGUCUACGACGAAGUAUUCUGGGACUCUGAGCGGCAUAUAUUUGGCGUGCUCAGAGACUCCCCCAACGAGCACAGCACGUCACAAGAAGACUAUGGCCUCAACAGGGGUCGCUUUUUCCAAUGGUUCAACGUGACAAGUACUACAGGCGUCCCAUGUCUCAUUGCCCUCAUGGCUGGGGAGGCCGGGUUCGAAACAGAGCGCUCCAGCAACGAAAGCCUCAUCGAAGAGGCCACUCAGAUCCUUCGUAGCGUGUUUGGCAAGAAGGUACCAUAUCCCGUCGAGUCCGUGGUAACCCGCUGGGGAUCCGACAAGUUUGCGAGAGGGAGCUACUCGUCUGCGGCUCCGGGGAUGCAGUAUGAUGACUACGACAGCAUGGCUCGGUCGAUCGGCAACCUGGUGUUUGCCGGCGAGCACACCAUAGGCACACAUCCCGCCACCGUUCACGGCGCAUAUCUGUCUGGUCUGCGGGCCGCUUCGGAGGUCUUGGAGGGCAUGCUAGGACCUAUCGAGGCCCCCACGCCUCUGAUUCUGCCCAAGGACUCCCCCCAUCUGCAAAAGCGCAAGGAGACCGCCAGGGGCCCUCGCGAAGCGCGCCUAGAAGCGUACGAGGCGAGAAUACGGGAUUACAUCCGAGACGAGAUCGGGGACCGCCCCUUGCCCCCCGCCAAAGUCACAUGCAGCGCCCAUCUCUUAUACGGCAAAGCAAACUCGGACGAAGCCAGAAAGCGUUGCGAGAAUCGCAAGGGGGGGAAGAAGGCCCGCAGCCUGUCCAAAGAGGUCCGCGCCAUGACAUCCAGAAUGUGGAAGGAAGCAACGCUAGAACAACGGCAGCCAUACAAGGAACAGGCUGCGGCGCAUAAAACGGCAUACAACGAGGCCCAGAGUUUAUUCAAAGAGCAGGCUCAGAAUUGGGACCAAAGGGCCGUAACGCUCCGGGCUCAGUACGAAAAGGAACACCCCAGUCUUCCCGGGCCAGACGAGCCGCCGGGCGAAGUUGGCGCGGCAAGCAAACAUCGCCGUGUCAGGCAGGUCAGUUACGCGGGUGACGGUGACAAGGAGAGAGAUUUGUAG